AUGCCCAUCGAUUACACCGUCUACAAAGGCUCAGCAAACGGCGUUGAAGAGGCCACCGUCCAUGCUGACGCCCUCACACCUCGUCAGGUCCUCGUCAAGAUCACCCAUGCGGGAAUAUGCGGGACCGAUGAACACUAUAAGCAAGCGCCCAUUGGAAUGGGCCACGAGGGAGUUGGCACGGUACAGGAAAUCGGAAAGGACGUGACCGAAUUCAAAGUCGGCGAUGUCGUCAGCUGGGGUUUCCUCCACAAAACUUGUGGGCGUUGUGAGCAAUGUGCUGCUGGGUACGAUGCUUAUUGCGUAACCCGAGAAAUUCAUGGCCAAAACGACGGCCACCAAGGCGCUUUUGGCUCACACGCAAUCUGGGAUGCAUCGAUCUUGUUCCUUGUUCCGGCUGGGCUUGCGCCAGAAGAGGCUGCACCACUCAUGUGUGGUGGCGCCACCGUUUUCGAGACCAUCGAAGAGUCAAAUAUCAGGGCGACUGAACGCGUUGGAGUUGUUGGCAUUGGUGGUCUGGGUCACUUGGCAAUCCAAUAUCUGUCGAAGAUGGGUGUGGCCGUCGUCGCGUUCUCCACCACAGAGUCCAAACGGGAGGAAGCACUACAGCUUGGUGCAUCGGAGUUUGUCGUAGCGAAAGAAGGCAGCGAAGAGCUCAAAAAAAUAGCGCCAGUCAACCACCUGCUCGUCACUAGCAACGUUGUGCCCGACUGGAACCUAUACCUCGGUCUCCUCAAACCACGCGCAACAAUCCAUCUCCUCACCAUCGACUUUGGCUCAUUCUCUGUGCCUGCAUUCCCGCUGGUCGUCUUCGGUCUGAAUCUGAAAGGCUCUGCCAUCGCCGGCCGGAAAAACACACAAAAAGCCCUCGACUUUGCUGCUCGUCACGGUGUCAAGCCUGUCGUCCAAAAGUUCCCCAUGACCAAAGCUGGAGUGGAGGAGGGUAUGGCGAAACUGCGGGAGGGAAAAUGGAUGCUUGCUCGUUGGACUCUUCGCACGUGUGCCAGAUGGUACAACUCGCUAGCCCUGCAGCCAACAGAUCUGCUGGAUAAAUACCAUGGACUAGUCAAAGGAAGGCAGAUUCAGUACGACGAGGACCAGAUUCGCGUGGUGAUGCAGCUCCGCAGACUGCAGCAAGAGCUGGUGGAUUACACUCCUAUGGUAGCUCCUCGCCUUCUUGAGAAUCCUCAAACAUCUUCUGCAUGGUACUCCGACGAGAGCGCUUCAACGCAAUCCGCCAUAGUUUCCCUUAAAAGCCAUGUCGAAGAACUAGCCAAUCUCGAGACGCCCAAGGGCAUGCUAUUGACCGGCCCACCGGGUUGUGGGAAGAGUUUUCUGAUAGACCUCUGGCUUUCAGGUUUAUCCACUCCAUACAAGACACGAAAGCACUACAACCAGCUUGUGCUUGAAAUAUAUCGGGGAGUGUGGCAGGAAACGCAACGUCGAAUGCAAACUCCAUCCACCUACGGAAACAGCGAAAGAAGUACUUGGGAUCGGUCAGUCCGCGAGAGAUGGCGUCGACUCGUCCGAGCUGGGGGUCUUCCCAAGAUAUGGCCUCGCAUGACGAGUUUGCCUGUGACAUCCAACCCGACCAUCGCAUUUUCUGUCGCCCAAAAGCUAGUUCUUCGCCAUUGGCUUCUCGUAUUCGACGAAAUACAGCUGCUCGAUAUUUCUAGUGCUACACUUCUUGCAGAUGUGCUUUCGUGGUUCUGGCGGAUGGGUGGAGUCAUUGUAGGAACGUCGAACAAAGUCCCGGAUGAUAUCUACAAGCAUGGUGUGCAGAGAGAACGACUCGAGCCUUUUGUUGAGGCUUUGAAGGUCCGCUGUCCUGUGUUGACUAUGCGGAGUGAACAAGAUUGGCGGAGACGGACUUAUCAUCCAGCCCAGAAACUUGGGUAUUGGUUGCUGGAAGGACAGGAAUCCGAGCUCGACAGGCUUCUACAAGGAGAGACGUAUAACUCGGGAGAAUACGGAAAGACCCUCAACGUUUUCGGAAGAACGCUCGAAAUUCCUUGGUCGUCCGGUGGCAAAGCCAAAUUCACUUUCAACCAAUUAUGUAAAGAAACCCUUGGACCUGCAGACUACCUCACCAUUGCUGGCAACUUCCACACUAUCGCUCUAACACACCUUCCGGCAUUGCCGCUCUCAGCCAAAAAUCAAGCACGCAGGUUCAUAUCGUUAAUCGACGCACUCUAUGAGGCGCGUUGCCGGCUUAUUUGUCUCGCAGAAGCGUCUCCUGAAGAUAUAUUUUUCCCCGAUGCGCUUUUGGACGAAGAAGCAAGCAACAUUGAUAUUUUGCAUGCUGAAUCUGUGAGCGAAACCACGGACGGAUACCGCCCAAAUGUCUCUUCCUAUGAUGCCCCUUCAAUGCAACAUCCACAUAAAAUUUCAGAGGAGACAAAUUCGUCAUUGUCUCUUGAAACACUCUCGAUUUUCUCCGGUCAAGAAGAGCAAUUUGCCUUCAAACGUGCUCUUUCGCGCUUGAUCGAGAUGACUGGUGCAGAAUAUUGGCGUUCUGCGCAAUGGUCACCGUUGGCUGUCACGGAUCGCGCUUGGGAGGGACGUGGUCACGGAUCGACACCAGCAAGAAAUCGGUCAUCAACAGCCAUACAAAACGACGAUGAUUUUGCCUCGGAAGCAAAUUAUGCAGAUGUCGCGGCAAGUAGAUUGAUGCGGCCCGAAGCUCCUCGAUUGAAGGAGGAGCAUAUGUGGGGUGUUCGGGACGACUGGGGUGAUGGUGCGAAGAGUUGGGGUAGAGGAGUCAAGGCGUAUGAGCGAAAGCAACAGUAA